AAGCACGGCAGGGCAGAGCAGGCUGGGGAUUUUCAAAGAUCAGUUGUCUUACUCACUUACUUGAUGAUAAGGAUUUCUCCGUUUUGUGUUCUGUAAAUGUAUGUGACCCACACCUCACCAGCCACCAUACCCCACAUGUAACGGAAACCUGUAAGGAAAGUGAAUCAAGCACAAUUAUUAAAUGGCAUUAUCACUUGAUGCUUUAUUCAUCAUCUUUCCAAUGUAAGGCAGUAUCUUAUAAAAAUAAAACACUAGAUGAGAUAAUAAUAUUUUUCACUUUCAUUUUAUAUGUUUAUCAAUCCUUCUUUUGUUGUUGCUGCUGCAUUAUUGGCUGUUGCACAAGUAGUAUUGGAGGAAAAGGAAACUGUUGCCUUAGAAGUAAAUCCGAAACAAGGGAAAUGGAUAGCAAAUGGAUUGUCUCUUUGAAGGAGCUGAAGAAAGUCUGCUACAUAGCAGCUCCUAUGGUUGCAGUCAUGGUGUUGCUGCAGCUUUUGCAUGUUGUCUCGGUUAUGAUGGUUGGACAUCUCGAUGAACUUUCACUUUCCGGAGUAUCCAUAGCCACUUCUUUCGCAAUUGUUACAGGCUUUUGUUUCCUGUUUGGAAUGUCUGGUGCAUUGGAAACUCUAUGUGGACAAGCCUAUGGAGCAGGGCAAUAUCAGAAGAUUGGAACAUAUACUUACUGCGCCAUCAUCAAUCUCAUAAUUGUUUGUUUUCCCAUAGCGAUCCUUUGGGCUUUCACGGAGAAGAUACUGACCCUUAUCGGCCAAGACCCUGCAAUCUCACAUGUAGCCUAUAAAUACGCACUUUCACUCAUCCCUGCCCUAUUUGCAUAUGCUAUACUUCAAGCGUUGGUUCGAUAUUUUCAGACCCAAAGUUUGAUUCUUCCAAUGUUGUUUAGUUCACUUGCAGCUUUGUUUUUUCACAUACCCUUCUGUUGGACACUGAUAUUUAAAUCGGGGUUGGGGACAAUUGGAGCAGCUUUAUCGAUCGGUUUAUCAUAUUGGUUGAAUGUGAUAUUGCUUGGAUUUUAUAUAAAAUAUUCCUCAAAAUGUGAUAAAUCUCGUGCCACAUUGUCCACAGAAGUUUUACAGAGCACCAGGGUGUUUUUCCGCUUUGCUGUUCCUUCAGCUGCAAUGGUUUGUCUUGAAUGGUGGGCAUCUGAGGUUCUAAUUUUUCUGUCUGGACUACUACCAAACCCAAAAAUGGAGGCUUCAGUGCUUUCCAUAUGCUUUUCAAUUAUUAGUUUGCACUUUUUCAUACCAUGCGGUAUUGGAGCAACUGCAAGCACUCGAGUUGCAAAUGAAUUAGGCGCUGGUAAUCCAGAAGCAGCCAAAUUGGCUGUUUGGAUAACAAUAGUUAUUUCAACGGUGGAAGGAGUUUUUGUAAGCACGAUUCUCUUCUUUUGCCGAUACAUAUUGGGAUAUGCAUUCAGCAGCGAGAAAGAAGUUGUAAAUAAUGUGGCAGAUAUGGUUCCUAUCAUGUGUCUUCAAAUCCUCGUGGACUGCUUACAAGCAGUGCUUUCAGGAGUUGCCAGAGGAUGUGGGCGGCAGAACACAGCAGCAUUUGCGAAUCUUGGGGCAUAUUAUCUAGUUGGAAUCCCUGUGGCUGCGGUGCUGGCUUUUGUUCUUCAUUUCAAAGUAAAAGGCCUUUUUAUUGGACAGACAACUGGGUCUUCUUCACAAGUAGUUAUACUAGGCCUCGUAACAGUUUUCACAAAUUGGCAGAAACAGGCAUCAAGAGCUAGGAAAAGAAUGCUCGAGGAAGAUGCAAAUAACGAGACUGAAUUGACUGGCGGAAACACAUUGGCUUGAGUGAGAGCUAUUGCUGCAGCUAAUCAUAUAUUGGCUCCAACUCUCUUGUUCCACAAUUGUGUAUUAAAUUUCUACAGGUCAAUAGGAAACACUACAAUCUUAGUUUUCUUAUUUGAAUCCCUACCAAAUGUUAUUUAAAUGUAAUUCAGAAUCAUUUGUAUAAAGAUCCAUUUGGA